CCUUGCUCUUCUCUGUGUGAAGAAACAGAGACAUAAUACUAAAACAGGGGCAUUAAUUUCUGCCGCCAUGUAACUGCAGAUGGAGACCAGCGAGGCGUAGCGGGCUAUCUCUUGUUUUUAUAUAUAGAGGUGCUUAUAAUUCUCAGUCACUGAGCUUCAGGAAAAGAGAUGAAAAUGGGUGGUGGUAGAAGAAAUUAUAGUGCAUGGCAGGGUUCAAAGUCAUGUUCAUCUGUGAAUCUUUUGUUGCUGACGUUGCCUCUCAUGGCGGUUGCUGGGCUCGUUUCUGUGUGGGGUCCGAACCCCUUCGGCUGGAGUUUAGUUGCUAAUCAACGUUUUUCACAGAGCUCUCUUCACCCCUCUUCUUCUUCUUCUUCGUUAACCACUGUUGUGACCACUGUGGAAAUUCCUGAUUCAUCUGGAAAACAGAGAGAAAGGGUUCUUGAUUUAAGGUCAAGAGUGGUGGUGGCCGUGGAUGAUGCUCACAGCAAGGAGGAGAAAGCUAUCUCUGAUGAGACUGCCUUCAAUCAUUCUUCCGCCCCUCCACUUUUCGUUCAGGCUAUACAGUCACUUCAAUUACCUAACAAAACAGAAGAAAUCCUCAACAUUUCCGGCAGGACUGAUCCAAUGAACGAAUCGUAUGUUCCUAUCGUGACACAGAGGAAGGAGAGAAAGAUCAGCGUCUUAGAAAGAACAGAAGGUAAACUCAUACAAGCUCGAGCAGCAAUUAGAGAAGCCAGAAACGGAAAUCAAACUCAAGAUCCAGACUAUGUCCCUAUGGGCCCAAUGUAUUGGAAUGCCAUUGCCUUCCACAGAAGCUACCUGGAAAUGGAGAAACAGUUCAAAGUGUUCGUGUACGAAGAAGGAGAGCCACCAGUGUUUCAUAACGGACCUUGCAAAAGCAUAUACGCCAUGGAGGGCAACUUCAUCCACGCCAUUGAGAUCAACAAUCAGUUCCGAACAAGAGACCCAGAGAAAGCACACGUGUUCUUCCUUCCUUUUAGCGUCGCAAUGAUGGUUCAAUUUGUGUACGAACGCGACUCUCGUGAUUUUGGUCCCCUAAGAAAAACUGUCCGAGACUAUGUAAAUCUCAUUUCUUCAAGAUAUCCCUAUUGGAACCGAAGUGUCGGAGCCGAUCAUUUCAUGCUAGCUUGCCAUGACUGGGGGCCAGAGACUUCAUUUUCUGUUCCUUACAUGUACAAGAACUCGAUACGUGUGCUCUGUAAUGCCAACACCUCGGAGGGGUUCAAUCCUGCGAAGGAUGUAUCUUUUCCGGAGAUUAAUCUGCAAACUGGAACGAUAAACGGGUUCGUGGGUGGGCCGUCUGCUUCUAGACGCCCAGUUCUGGCAUUCUUUGCAGGAGGUCUUCAUGGGCCAAUAAGGCCUAUUCUUCUGGAACAUUGGGAGGGCAAGGACGAAGAUGUUCAGGUUCAUAGGUACCUACCAAAGGGGGUGUCGUACUAUGAGAUGAUGAGGAAGAGCAGGUACUGCCUUUGUCCUAGCGGGUACGAGGUAGCAAGUCCGAGGGUGGUGGAAGCAAUCUACACAGGGUGCGUGCCAGUGCUUAUUUCAGAUCAUUAUGUGCCUCCAUUCAGUGAUAUUCUGAAUUGGAAAUCGUUCUCGGUGGAGGUUUCUGUGAAGGACAUACCCAACUUGAAGAACAUACUAAUGAGCAUCUCAACGAGGCAGUAUAUAAGGAAGAAGAGGAGAGUAGAUCAAGUUAGAAGGCACUUCGAGGUUCAUUCUCCGCCUAAGCGAUUCGAUGUGUUCCAUAUGAUCCUUCAUUCCGUUUGGCUUCGAAGAUUGAACAUCAAAGUUCACGAUGAUCAUUGAUCAGUGGCUCAUGACAGUUUCACAUUGGCAUUUUGUGAUUUUUUUUUUAACGUCUGGUAUAAAAUUGGAUGGGAAAAAACAUUUCCGCUUCUUUAUUGGAUGCCCAUGCUUAUUAAUUGGACUGUAUUAAUGUGA